GAGUGGUAUCUUGCCCCUGCGUCGCCCGUCGUGUAGAGUGGUGUGCUGCCGUCGAACAAAACUAAGGUUUCCCGAAGGAUGAAACCCAUAUGAUAUAAGCAAAUUGAGGAGAUGGAAGCUGGAAAAAAGCCCAAAGUUGAUUACACUGUAAACAAUAACACAAAGCUGGAAAAUCUGCCUGAUCAUGUCAUCCACCAAAUCAUGUAUUUGCUUCCUUCUAAGGAAGCAGCCAAGUUCAGUGUCUUAUCCAAAUCCUUUUAUUCUACUUGGCUUUCAUUACCAACCCUACACAUAGAAAUAAGUCGCAGACGUAUGAAAUAUGAUUCACUUCGUCCUGUAUUUUCCUCACAAAUCUUGACUGUGCUCCGGCUUGCUGGGGUAAGAGUUCCAUUGGUUGAUGCUUUUAUAACAUGCCCAAAAUUGGAAGAACUACUAUUCAGGUACUGUGAUGGAUUUCAAGCUAUACAUGUUUCAUCCUCAUCAUCUCUGAAGAGAGUUAAGCUAAAAUCCUGCCGACAGUUGGAAGCAUGUCAAAUAUUAUUGGAGGGAAAAAGUUUGAACAAUUUCAGGUCUGAGGGUCACCAAUAUGAUGAUCUCCGACAAUGCGCAUUAGUUAUUGAUUUUUGCCGUGAUCUUAAGGUUUUGAAACUGACCGACGCAACGGUUAUAACGGACAAGUUCGAUUCUAGCCUUAAGAAGUUGUCAUUGUAUAUACUCGGUUAUGAACAGAUUGAGAUACUUAUUGAUGCUCCGAACUUACUUGAGUUCUACUACGUCCCCAGAAUCAGAGAGCUCCCGAAAUUAAUUACAUCAGCCAAAUGCAGUGCAAACAUCUCAUUAAUUCCUCCAUUUCUUCCAUACACACAUGAUGGUUCCCUUUUAAGGAACUUCCUUUGUUGUUGCUCUAAUCAAUUCAAAGACCUCACUAUAACUUGCUGGAAAUUUGAGCUUAUCAUUUGUCCAAAACUUCCUUCUCAGCCAGUUAAUGUAUCUUCACUGUAUGAUUUGAGGCACCUAAAACUAGAAGCGACUGAUGAUACCUUACCAAGAGAUGAUCCAUAUUUUCUCAUAUUAUUGUUGAAAAGUUUGCUUAAGAUGUUUAAAUAUGGUAAGAAAGUGGAGAUGACGAAUUUGAAGGUGGGAGAGUGCUGCUAUAAUGUUCCCGUAAAAUGCUGGAGACAUUAUGAAGUGGAGAUUGAGUUUCAAGGCUUCAAUGAAUCUGAGAGAGAGAAUUUGAACAG